AUGAUCAAUGAUUUCAUACGUAUAUUUCAUACACAAUCUUUUCAAUUACUAAAAUAUUCGCUUUGUCGACGAUGGCAAUCAUCUGCUUCGUCUUAUGAUCCAAAAUAUUCCGAUUUAAUACCACCUACAACAUGUUGUAUGAGUAAUUGUGCAAAUUGUGUAUGGAUUUCAUUUGCUGAAGAAGUUGCGCAACGUUAUCCUCAUUCAUCUAUAGAAGUGAUAGAUGAUGUCUUAAAAAGAUAUAUCGAUGACAAAAGUUUUCGUGAAUUUUUAGAAUUCGAAAUUCGAGCACGAUCAAUUGGAAAGAAAUAG